AAUAAAAAAUCCCCGCGAAAGAUGUAAGAAGACAUUCCCGUCCGUUGGGUUUCAAUAAGCUUCGCCUGGGUCUCCGGAAGCUCAACACAACUCAUCCUUCGUUUCCAAUUCAGACCUCUCUCUCUCUCUCUCUCUCUCCUUUUGCUUCUGUGUUUCUGUGUUUCAGAAUUGGACUUUCAGAGAUCUUUCAUGGAUGAACGGAUCGAAGACGACGAAGGUGAUCUUAUAGAGUCCCUGACCAGCACCACCCCACAUCGGAAGACCCAAUCAUACAGUCAACAUCUGGGCAUUCCCCCAAUACAGAAGCGAAACACGGUGAGAAAACACAGCCUCGAUGAAGGUGGGAUUACCAAGAAUAUGGAUCGGUUCUAUGAUUCCUCCGAUGACGAACUAUUCCCAUAUGGGAAUCUCGGAGGAUUUACAGCCUGCCGCAUUGGCUCGGUCGGCAGCCCCGCCGAAGGACCCGAAUACAUGAACCAAUUCUUGGAAGGGCAUUCGUCGGAUUCUUCAGGGGAGCUCCGGCGAACCGCAUUGCCGGAGUUUAUUGCCAGCGGUGGCGGAAAUGGGAUCUUUAGAGUGCCGGUUCGUGCCGCAAUUCAUCCGGGCCGGCCGCCGUGCUUGGAGUUGAGGCCUCAUCCAUUGAGAGAGACACAGGUGGGUGGGUUUUUGAGGACAAUUGCUUGUACUGAAACACAAUUAUGGGCUGCGCAUGAAUGUGGGGUGAGGUUUUGGACUUUUUCGGAUGUUUAUGCGGCGGGAUGUGGUGUUGGGGGUAGGGUAAAAAGGGGGGAUGAAGAGGCAGCACCAUUCUAUGAAUCGGUUACAACAUCGCCCACCAUCCGUUUGGUUGUGGAUGCUGGGAAUAGGUUGAUCUGGACAGGGCAUAAGGAUGGGAAGGUUAGGUCAUGGAAGAUGGAUCAGCCAUUGGAUGGAAAUCCUUUCAGGGAAGGCCUCACUUGGCAUGCCCAUCGGGGGCCUGUUCUAUCAAUGGUCAUGUCUUCUUAUGGCGAUCUAUGGACAGGUGGAGAGGGCGGUGUUAUCAAGAUAUGGCCUUGGGAAUCCAUGGAAAAAUCUCUUUCUUUAACAGUGGAGGAAAGACACAUGGCUACUUUACUAGUAGAAAGGUCUUAUAUUGACUUAAAGAGUCAAGUCACUAUUAAUGGUGUUUGCUCCAUAUCUAGUUCAGAUGUGAAGUACAUGUUAUCUGAUAAUGUUAAAGGAAAAGUUUGGAGUGCUGGGCACCUGUCCUUUGCAUUGUGGGAUGCUCGGACAAGAGAACUGCUAAAAGUAUUUAAUGUAGAUGGCCAAAUUGAGAAUCGUGUUGACUUGUCAUCAUCGCUGGAUUCAUCUGUUGAAGAUGAGGUGAAGAUAAAGUUGGUUUCCACGUCCAAGAAAGAGAAAUCACAGAGUUCCAUGAAUUUCUUGCAACGCUCACGUAAUGCUUUGAUGGGAGCAGCUGACGCUGUUCGUCGAGUUGCGGUGAAAGGGGCAUUUGGAGAAGAGAAGAGAACUGAAGCACUAAUCCUCACAAUAGAUGGAAUGAUCUGGACAGGAUGUUCGAAUGGCUUAAUUGUGCAGUGGGAUGGAAAUGGAAAUAGGUUACAAGAUUUCCAACACCAUUCUUCUUCUGUUCAGUGCUUCUGUACUUUCGGGUCACGGAUAUGGGUAGGCUAUUCUGGUGGCACUGUUCAACUGCUGGAUCUUGAGGGCAAGCUACUUGGAGGAUGGGUUGCUCACAACAGUCCUGUUAUAAAAAUGUCUGUUGGGGCUGGUUAUGCCUUUACAUUGGCUAAUCAUGGUGGUAUUCGUGGCUGGAACAUUAAAUCUCCUUGUCCCCUUGACAAUAUAUUGCGAUCAGAAUUGGCAAGCAAAGAGCUGCAAUAUAGAAAGCUAGAAAAUGUGAAAAUACUGACCGGUACUUGGAAUGUUGGACAAGGAAGAGCCUCUCCUGAUUCACUUAUAUCUUGGUUAGGUUCUGCAGCAAUGUAUGUUGGCAUUGUAGUUGUUGGGUUGCAGGAAGUUGAAAUGGGCGCUGGUUUCCUUGCGAUGUCUGCAGCAAAAGAGACUGUGAGCUUCCAUAGGCUUUCUAUAACUAAUAUUUUUCAGUGGCCAGUUUUAUGCUAUUAUUUUCAAGGACACUAGCUACAGUUCUGUUGGUCAAGAACAGAAUUGUAGAAGUAGCCCAGCUGGCAAUGUCAUGUAUUUGCAUGUCUGAUUGUUUAUAAAGUGCUGUUAGCUACAUGUUUCCAGAAACAAAGCUGCUGAAGCCACAUAUUUGCAAGUCUGAUAGUUUGUAAAACAAUGUUAAAUGUU